GCGCAGGCCAUGGCCGAGCAGGUGGAGAUCAAAGCCAAGGUGGUUCAGACGGAAGUGAAGGCAAUCGUACUGAGGCACAAGAAAGCCCUGGAGGAGAGAGAAUGUGAACUGCUGUGGAAGGUGGAGAAGAUCCGCCAGUUGAAGGCCAAGUCCCUGUACCUGCAGGUGGAGAAGCUGCACCAGAACCUGACCAAGCUGGACAGCACCAUCGCGGCCGUGGGCCAGGUGCUGGACGAGGGCCGGCAGCUGGAUGUGCUUCUGGCCCGCGAGCGCAUGCUCACCCAGAUCCAGGAGCUCAAGUCGCUCCGGGGCCUACUGCAGCCGCAGGAGGACGACCGCUUCAUGUUCACGCCGCCGGACCAGGCUCUGUUCAUAGCCAUCCAGUCCAUGGGCCUGAUCAGCAGCGGUGCCUUCGCUCCCGUCACCAAGGCCCACGGCGAGGGCCUGAAGAGCGCCCUGCGCAGCAAGCCCGCCUCCUUCACUGUGAACGGCUUCGACCACGACGGCGAGCCGCGCCUGUCGGGAGGAGACGCCGUGUCGGCGGUUGUCAUGGCGACGUUGGGGGGGACCCUGUCGGCGGCCGAGGUGACUGACCACCAGAACGGUUCGUACACCGUCGGCUACCUGCCCAAGAGCGAGGGUGAACACCUGGUGUCGGUGCUGGUAUGCAACCAACACAUCCAGGGCAGCCCCUUCAAGGUGAUGGUUAAGUCGGGCCGGAGCUACGGUGCCCUGGGGGCAAUGGUGUCUGCGUUUGGGGGCGAGGGGGAAGGAGACGGGCAGCUGUGCCGACCUUGGGGCAUCAGCGUGGACAAGGAGGGUUACGUGGUCGUGGCUGACCGCAGCAACAACCGCAUACAGAUCUUCAAACCCUGCGGUGCCUACCAUCACAAGUUUGGCUCUCUAGGUUCUAGGCCUGGUCAGUUUGACCGGCCAGCGGGCGUGGCAUGUGACAGCCAGCGACGCAUCAUUGUAGCUGACAAGGACAAUCACCGUGUGCAGGUGUUCACAUUUGAGGGUCAGUACCUGCUCAAGUUUGGGGAGAAGGGCACAAAAAAUGGCCAAUUUAAUUACCCCUGGGAUGUCGCAGUCAACUCCGAGGGAAAGAUCCUGGUGUCGGACACAAGGAACCACCGCGUGCAGCUCUUCGGCCCAGACGGCUCCUUCCUCAACAAAUACGGCUUUGAAGGAGCCCUCUGGAAACACUUUGACUCCCCCAGGGGUGUGGCCUUCAACCACGAGGACCACCUGGUGGUGACGGACUUCAACAACCAUCGUCUCCUGGUUAUCCGCCCGGACUGCCAGUCCGCCCGUUUCCUGGGCUCCGAGGGCACGGGGAAUGGGCAGUUCCUUCGCCCCCAGGGCGUGGUAGUGGACCAGGAGAAUCGCAUCAUCGUGGCCGACUCCCGCAACCACCGCGUCCAGGUGUUCGAGCCCAAUGGGAACUUCUUAUGCAAAUUUGGCACGCAAGGCAGUGGCUUUGGACAGAUGGACCGUCCAUCUGGCGUUGGAGUGGCACCGGACGGAGUCAUUGUGGUUGUCGACUUUGGGAACAACCGCAUCCUUAAGUUCUGAAAAGUCUCAAUCAGUGAAUCAACAGACACAAACAGGAGGAGAGAUGGAAGGGAGGAUUCAGAGCAGAGGAACAUGAUGAAAGGAAAACCGUUUUGCCAAAUGUACUUUUUCAGUUUCCUUUCAAUUUGUAGGAUUAUUAUUUGAAUCAUGUGGUGUAUGACUAUGGGGACCACUAAGAAGAAGAUUGAUAUCAAUAGAUUACGACUAAGAGCCAUUGUUUUCUUUUGUCUCGGCUGCUCUGAACUCUCUCCAUCAGCUCUCCUCAAGUCGCCAUCUCAGGGAAUUUCUCACUUGUCUUGAAAACCUCUGCUCCAUACCUACCUCAUUUAGCUCCCUUUGAAUGUACUCAUACUCUCUGAGCAGAGAUUUAGUCCGUGAAGUUUUACUAAGAAGAAAAGAAAGUCUACCUCAAUCCUUUUUUUAUUUUAUUUAAGAGACCGUUUUUGUUUUCAUAUUUGCACAGGAUUAAUUGAAUUCUUGCUGUGCAGUCGGAGUAUGAGUUAAGAGAACCUCCUGAAUGUUGUUGCUGAGACAAUACUCAGAGCGCUGUAGACUCUUGUGUGAUUAGUUCUGACCAGAAGGCUUACCCCUCUUCAGUGGUGUCAUUUGAUGUUUGCAGGCUGGUCAGUCAACCUCUUCUUUGUUUGUGCAGCGACCCUGUCUCUCUGAGACUCUCUGGGACUGGACUGUUGAGUGUUCAGACAGACUGAGUGUGCUUUAUGUGAUGCCAAACAUGAGACUGAAUCAGAGUUUGCUCAGACCAGGAAGGAAGAGACUUGAUACUGAUGUAGUUGAACCUGAUCAGUCGUACCCAGGAUAUCGUCUUAGCUUUACUGGCCCUGUGAUUACAGUCGCUUGACCUUGGUCAAAAGAAAUGUGAGUGGAAUCAUGGAGUAAGCAUUGUAGGGUAGAAAGCCCUCCUUUACCCAAAGUAUCUGAUUAGUGAAUUAUCAACCAUACCAUGGGGGCUUCAUUAAUUGAGAAUCAGAUUUGCAACUUGAUUAAGUAAAAGGAGUCCAGCCCAAUCUAAAGAUGUAUAUUAAUAUGCAAGGAAAAGCAUUGGUCCCCUUGAAUGCAGGGACCCACCAAAGGAUUUCAGAUGAUUUGAGUGAGUUGGCAUAUUAUUGAUGUUUUCAUCAGAGAUUUAAUCAUGUUUGAUAGACACAUCUUUGGGAGCAAGGAAAAACAUAAACAAAGCCUCAAAGCAGACAUCCAUCUCGUCAAGAGGAUGUACCAAUCCGUUGGGUUUGGAUUGUGAUUGAAAGCCACUCUGAUUGGCUUUUGGGGCCUAGGAUUUAAUCCAGUCCCUUGCAAAGGGGUGUGAUGUCACUACAAAGCCCCGCCCUAUUUAUUGUUGUGUGAUUGGAGUUCAGGAAGGAAUUCCAAAAUAUGUACAUGCAGACCAGUCCUCAUAAGAUGGAGGUCUAGUAGACCAGCUAGUGAAGUCAACCAAAGGUAGAAUUUCUGCACAACAGCUAAGCGUUUGUUUGGCGACUAUUGAACACCGACACUUUGUUGAUUAAUCAUUGGUGUUGGGAGGUCGAAAACACUUACAUGUCACCAAACCAUACCUUCAAAGCACUGUAAUUUCCAGGAGAAUAUAACAAAAACCUAUUGGGGUUCCAUGGGACAAUAUCAGUGUCUCAACUAAGAGACGAGAACACCAACCAUGUGAAGCUCUUGAGUUUGGUUUGAAGGAAGAGCUUUGAGUAUCUGGUCUAGGGAAAUAUUUUGGCUUAGAACAUUAUGACAUUUACCUCUCUUGUGCUAACGAGUUACACUGCCUUGAGACUCAGAAAUUGCAUCUCAAAUUUUCAUUAGCAUCCCAACCCAAUUACUGUUAACCGCUAACUUAGUUACUAAGAGUAAAACAAAGAGUCUUGAAUAAUUACGGUUCAUUAGCCACUUCCUUAGCAUAGCAAACAACUAUUAUAGCUCCUUGGCAUGUUGUUGGCUGUGAAUCUUACCUCAAAGAAAGGAGUUAGGCAGCUCAUCAUCAGGAUUGAAAUCCUGUGGACUUCUCAUGUACCUCAACUGUUGCAUACCUCAUAUCUCUUCAUGUACCUCAACUGUUGCAUACCUCAUAUAUCUUAAUUUACCUCAGCUGACAGAUACCUACUUAUCUCAUGGAAUUUUUAAAUACCUCUAGUAGGAACUCUCAGACACCUCAACACAUGUACUGUGCAGCUCAAAGUCAGACACAUUAUAUAUAGAUUUUUUUUUUUUUUACAUACCUCAUUUAACAUAUACCUCAUGCUUUUAAUACACCUUUUGUGUUAUAUGUACCUUACCUGGUGGACCAAAGAUUCCAAUCAUAGUGGCUCUAUUUCAGUUGAAACUGCAAUUGCAUGCAGCCAUCUUGACCACUAGGUGCAGUGGUCACUUUUCAGCUUACUGUUAACUGUUUGGAAAACAAUGCCUUUUUGAUGUAUGGAGAAACCAAAUACCGCAGAUCUGAGCAUUGUGCCAAAAAUGGUCGGUGAGGGUUCUGUGCCAAACAGGGUUGGCAUUUGGACCAUAUUGUCACAGAAGAAAAAUGUCAUUUGGACCAUAAUAUAAUAUAUAUAUACAAAUACAUAUGCAUAAGUGUUAUCCAAAUCGUUAGCCAGAGAUAAAUCCCUGUGCUCUAUUGGAUGCAUUUAGGAGGGCUGGCCCCCUGUUUCAUUACCUCAUAAUGCAGAUCAGGAGAGCUGUAACCUGAUUGGCCAACAGUGAGAGAGAUUGCAAUGUCACUGUUGGCUAAGAGUCUUAGUGAUGUCAGAGGCACAUGACCACAUAGACCCCACUUUUCUCUGUCAUGCUUUGCUCUUCAAGAGUUUGAGACAGUUGACUUGAUUGGGGCACACCAGAAUGACCUCAUUUUGUUCAGCACAGUUUACCAUGAUCUUCUCAGUUAGACUCCUAGCAGUGUGGAUGUAGAGCAAGUAAGGUGUUAGUCGAGGUGUAUUGUAACUUAUUGUGAUGAGUCUAAACUCAAAUUCUAUGACAAUGCAAUCUGUGGUUUAUAGGAACACUUAAUGAAUAUGUUGUCCGUCACGUGUCCAGCAGGCUGCUCAGGAUGCGGUAUUAAGCGGAGACGCUAGCACAUGAAAGGGCAAGUGAGUUUGAAUCCACUGCUUCUUGGAAACCCAACACCUCGCUUCUUCACCAAUAUGAUCUGUCUUUGUCUCAGUAUUAUUAUAAGAAUGGCUCAUUCAAGUCUGCAUCAAUCUUGUUUUUGAUCUUGGGUCUUUGCUCUUAAAGAGGAAAAACAUGUAUUUUAAGAUUAUUUUUUCCCCUUUUCUUUAGUUGCAUGCUUUAAAAAGUCCUUGUAAUGUACCAACGUCUCGCAGACAGGUGUUGAAAACUCAGACGGAAAGUGUAUUGGAAUUUUGGGAUGGUUUUUAUCACAAUUAUUUACCCAAAGAUGUGUGUGUGUAGAAUUGCGUUGGAUUGAACAUUUGAACCUUUGACCUUUGCGAUUGUAUUUCCUGUUCUGGAGAGAUUCUGCAGAGCCCGAUCUGUGCUCGGCUAGCCUUGCCUGGGAAUCUUGAUAUGUUGAUUUAGAGCUGAAAAUAUGGCCUUAUAGCUGGUUAAACCAUAGCAAGCAAAUACAUAUGAUCAAGCAGUCUGCAGUGAUGUGCAGAGUGGCUGGCAUCUUUUCUCGCUCUUUAAACAUCCAGGAAGUACAGUUGUGGCUGCCGAGCAUGUGACUGGUUUUCUGUACUAUUGGGUGGGUUUUCAACAUAUUGUUUUUUGGCCUAUCAAAAAGAGAUAACGUGAAACAGUGCCACGUAAUGUGUGCAAGGUUUAGACCUCUUUUAAUGAUUGUAUAAUCUUUAAACAACAAAAAAAAUAUGAAAAAAAAAAAAAAAAAAAACUCAGGUAGUUUUUGUGGGUCUGCCUCGCGGGUGCCCUUAAUGAAACGUGUCCCAUAGUAAUGGUGUUGUAUUCUUUCUGUUUUGACCUCUGUCUUUUCUCUGUGUGUGUCCAUGCCCGUAUAAAAAAAAAAAAAAAAAAACCUUAUUUCUCAAUCUGGAAAAAACGAAACGAUAAUGUUGCUUUUGGAUUAUUUUCUUCACAUUUCUUCUGAUUGUUACUCUUCCCUUUGUUACUCUUCCCUUUUUUUUUCUUUUCUUGAAACAAUAAUUUGAUAAACACAAAAGUUCAAAUACUCCCGACCACAUGAUUCUUGUAAAUCCUUUUGGAAUGUAUUUUUUUUGAAGAAAAGGGUUGCCAGGUUUUGUGUUGAUUUUCACUCAGUGACCGAUAACCCCCACAACAUGGGACAGAACAGGGACUCCAUAUUCCUACCAAGGAUCAGUACAGCCAAUUCUCCUCACUAAACACAAACAAACUAAACACAAACAACACUAAUAUAACAGUUUCAUUUUGAUAUUCUGUAGAACUAAACGGUCUUGGAACAUGGAUGUCACUAUGGAUGGCUACCAUGUUAAAGUUGUUAUAAGCAAAAAAAAAUUACCUCUUCUACUCAGUCAUGUUGUGUCCUGUGUUCUGUGGGCGGGCGGCCGUGUGUGUGUGGGUGUUUGUGCACAGCAUCUUUAUUGUUAUCAAACAGAAAUCCACUGAAUGUAUACUCCUCACAGUCCAAGAGGCAGGGGACAGCAGGGUGGCCAGCUGAGUUUAGAUGGGUGCUGCUAGUGCUUCCAUGCCCUUGUGUGUGCGCUCGUGUCUGCAUGCGUAUACAUGCACUUGUGUACAUGCACUCAAAAGAAAGUGUGUGUUGCCAUGCGCUCAUGUUUUACAAGAAAGUCGUGUGUAUGCAAGUAUGAUUGUCGCCCCCCCUCCCCACCCCCUGAUCCUCUUUCCACCCCCCCCUCCCAGCCCCCCUCCCAGCCCCCAGCCCCCCUCCCAGCCCACCUCCCCACACACACAGGGAUGACUGGAGGUUCAGAUGUCAGGUCUUCAGUCUAGAUAAGGCGAAAGAGACUAAAAUAUAUUGGCCACCUGAUGUUCUUCCUGUUUUCUUUGGACUUUAAACAUUUCCUA